AACUGUACAGCCAUAAAAUAUUAUCUAACACGGGUUGCCAUUUAAAUUUGAAAAUUGGCAAUGACGAUUAAUACGCAGAUAUUAUGUGUUCAUUAUCAAGCAUAAUCGCUGUGUUUAAUUUUAUAAUAUGGCGAAACUCUAUCAUUCAAUCUCCAAGGAACGCAAGUAUUGGGACAAAAAGCUUUGUUCGUCACCCGAAGAAUGGAACUAUCGUAUACAGCGAUCAUCUACUGUAUAUGUUGGUAAUUUAUCAUUUGCAACCCCUGAAGAGAGGAUCCAUGAGAUAUUCUCACAAGCUGGACGCAUACAUCGCAUUGUUUUGGGUCUUAAUAGUAUCGAAAAAAAACCCUGCGGCUUCGCAUUUGUAAUUUAUGAUACCAUACCAGCUGCUAGACGCUCGAUAGGUAUGUUCAAUGGAUGUGUAAUCGACGGAAGGAUAAUAAGAGUGGAUGCCGACACAGGAGAUAACAUAGAUACGGAUCGGAAAUUAGCUCGUGGUAUUAAUGGCUACCAAUGGCGUGAUGUGUUUCGUAAGGAGUUCGACACCAGCCGUGGAGGUCAGGGGCUUGGCGUCGAAUCAACAUCUUUUGGAUAUCAAGAUUUUAGAAUACACGCACCUCCAACAAGCGCCCUCGGUACUGAUUAGCUUGAUUGGCGAAUAGAAUAAAUAUCCAGAAAUGAAUCUAACUCGCUACCAUCCUAUCUUAUAUGCAAUGUACACUUGUUCAAUAAACUAGAUAGACUGUUAAGCUGUAGUUAUUGUUAUGCGGGAUUGAUUCUCAUACAACAAGUAAACUGGGGAAAACCUAUUACAGCAUAAUGUUAUCUUUAUGGCAA